CACACACACAAUGUAUUUUUUAAAGUAGUAAUUCUGACUGACGGCAAAACAAGAAUGUGUAAGUUUCAGACCAAUGCCUUGACAGUUACCCUUGCCUCAUCAGUCAGUAACUGCAGAGAGCCUUAAUCUACCGACUGCCACUUCCUGGAACGUAGCCCUGCAGUCUCGCCCGAUUCUACUGUUUUGAAAUCGGCAGCGUUUCUGUUUUGUUUCUUUGGAAGGUAGUUGUCAAAUGCAAAAGUAUAUUUAUGGGUAAUUUAGAAAAUACCUUCCGUCUAGGGAAAGCUUCCCAGAGUGAACGUGGACCCAUUGAAUAGAAGCUAUAGGAUUUGUUUUUUUCGCCCAGAGGAGCGGCACGUUCCGCCGCCUGCAUGAUGCAAAAUGCGAAUCGCCGGUCGCUGUCUUUGGUGCUGAAGGAUCCCAGAAUCGGCUUGACGGAACGUGCUCCGAAGGGGCUGCUGUUCGGUGCUGAAUCUUGCCAAAAGUUGCUGCCGUGCUGGAAACCCACACGUCCCCUAUCAUUUGUUUUGGGGAGAGCCUCCGGAAAGCCACACUGACACGAUGGUGCUGCUGACUGCAUUUCGGUCUGGAUUGGCUCUAAGCUCCAGCAUGCUGUUGCUGUUGCUGUUUCUGGAAUUGGAAGCGUAGCCCAUUCUCCACCCUUGCGUGCUUUUUUGCAGAUAUACAGAGCGGAGUGAUCUGGUGGGGGUCUUUUUUGGUGGGGGGUGGAACUGAAGAUUGCAACCAAGGAUAUAAGGAGAUAAAAGAACAAUCUAGCAACAAUGAUCAUAUUUUUGGAGUGUAGCUUUCUAUCAAGAAGCCUCACCUCUGGACCCCCUUAUGGUUGUUUAUUUGAAUUCUGAACACAGGGUUAAAGCUUCAGUCUCUUGGUGUAUCUGCUGGGUUUCCUGUGUGAAAUGGGAGGCACUGGGGAAAGGGAUUUUCCAUGAUUCUUUCUUGGAAGUGUAAUUCAGAGGACUUGCUGAAAUUUUAAUCUAUGGUGGCCUGUAAACCUUUCCAGCUUUCACUUGGAAUAGGUAAGUAUACAUUUUACAAUGAGAUAAAAUGUAGACUUCUCAAGAAUUUAAAAUUCCCUGGAAUCAGAAAUAAUAAAAGAGAAUAAAUUUGUACUGUGAUAGCUUUCCAGAGCUUAUUUACAUGUUGAAUUUUUAAACAACAGAAUAGAUUUUCAUUAUAUUCCAUCUCUCCUCUCUCUAUAAAAAACAUAGGCUAAUGAAGUUCUAACAAAAUACCCAGAAUGGUCAAAUGCUGUAGCAAAGUAUUGUUAACAAUGUUGAUCCUUUGUGAAAUUUGUUUUCUUUUUAUUCAUAAUGCUUGAUUUUAUUCAAUGGGUUGUUUUCUGUUGCCCCCACUAUAAAUCACUUUUUUGCAAUUUGCUUGUUUUCUAAAGUUUCCACAGCUUUAAGCAUGGGCUCACUUGAGCCUACCUGUAGCAUGUGAGUGACUCUCUGACUGCAUCUGAAAGGCAGGCUAAACAGUUCUGCAACACAAAUAAAACAGAGUGAAAUGCUCUUGCCACUGCUGUAGGAUGUACCCUUGUGGUAAAAGCAUAUCUUGAACUUCAAGCAAUGAAACAUUCUGAGCAGACAUGUGAAACACCCAAUCCCCUUCUUUGCUUUCUCUCAGCACUGAAUAAACUGCUUUGUCAACAGGAUCAUCUAGUUUGCUCUGCAAGAUGCAAGGCUUGCUUUUUCCCUGAGUCAUUCUUGCUUGGCAGCAUUUUAUUUUUAAAAGAACAUGGCAUAUAGAGAUGCAUAUACAAAUGUGCAUAUAAAUGAUACACAUUCAUUGUGUACAUGUUGAUAUAAAAAUUACAUUUCCUAUCAUUAGUAGCAUGUGUGUGUGUCAGUUUGAUAUAGACCACUGUUAAGUUGGUCCCAGACAGCAAGAGAUUCAAAAGAGGCAAGAAGAUUGUUUUGAUUUUGACUCUGUGCCACACAUCCAAUUAAUUGAAAUAACUCUUGCCUUAGAAGAUUUUGAUUAUAAAUUUAGAAUUUAUAGAAUUUCUGUUUCCUCUCCAAUUUCAUCGAAACCCUCCUUCCCACCUUUUUCUUCUCUUGCUCCUGGGCAAGAAGAGUGUUACAGGAGUAAGUCUGUCAGAGUGAUAACUGAGCACAGCCAAUAGUAAAGCAGCAAAAUAGAAGCAGAGUGUGAGGGAAAGGCAGGACUCCCCUUCAUUUUGAAACCAGGCAAUCUGUGUAUGUGCCUUCCUUUCUGAAUUGUGUGGGGUAUCUGUGUGUAUAUGGUGGCUUAUGAGAUACUAAGUUGACAUGGCCUAUUGAAAUAAUUUAGUGUGCCUAGUAGGUUUCUCCUUGUACAUGCUGAUUGUGACUCAGUGUUUAUAUAUUUUGAGAUGAUAUUAGAUGCCCUAAGGCUUUACGAUAAGGCAAGGGGAAAUGUAAAAUAAGAAAAACAAUCGGUUAGCAAAUCCAAGUAUGAACACAGCCACUUAGGAUCCACAAGUACUCAUACAUAUGAGUGCUACAGUCAUGUUGAGCCCCUGUAAGGCACACUGGAGGCUACUGGUUAAGAAAAAGAAGCCAUUAUGAAUCAGUUCAUAUAGAAAAGACUAUAAUACACCUUUUGAUUUCUGCCAGAUAAGUACCACAGCCAAACAUUUUUCAUUAUACUCAGUAGUACAAUUGGUACACCAUUUUCUUCUCAUUCAAAGUCUAAAUGUAAUUACAUUUCAGAAUCUUUCUCUCUUUUACCUCUUGCUUCCCAUGAAAACACCUGGCAUAUUUACAUCUUAGUUUUAAUUAACCAAUUGAGGUAGAUUGAAAGCAGUGCUGAGUUGUGAUCCCAGUAGUAAGAUAGAAAUGAUUAUGGACUCUAGACUGAAUUCCAUUAAAGUCUCAUUCACCUGUAAUUCAUCCUCUUAGCAAUUUCUUUUAAAAAAAAAUCUGCACCAGUGAGUAAACAAAUGUGCAUGUCACCUAGAUGUAAACAAUAAAUUGCUUGUAUUUAUGCAAACAGCAUGGGAAAUAUUCAACAUGUGACUAAUGUGUUUGUCACAUAGGAGUCUGACUAACGUCAAGAAGUAUCAAUUCUUAUCUUGCUUGGCUAAUAGGCAUAUUGUCCAAUCCAGUUUGGAUUAGCAUUCCCUUUUAGUUUUCUAGUUAUAAUGAUGGAUGCGUUAUCUGGAGACAAGUUGAAGGCAUAUAGCUCAUCAUCCAUUGAGAUUUAGCAAUACUCUGCUUUAUACCAUUUCAUUAUGUUGUGUGAACAUUGUUUAAUUUAACAAGGAGAAUUGAGGUACACAUUGUGCAUGCUAUCCAGAUGAAGUUAGAUAAACAACCAAUUCCUGGCAUUAGACAGAGCCAAUAUAGCUUGAGGAUUAUCCAAAUUAUGUACACGUAUUUCCAGUUGAUUAUGCCAGUAUUACAUACAUGACCUAAUGAUUUGACCCCAUGGUUCUUGAAAAGACAGGAUUUCUAAUUAGUUAAUGUUUGUCAGCUGCUAUAUAGCUAUAUAUGUUUCAAAUUGUACCUAUUUAAAAUAUUUGUUUUCAGCCCACCACUCUGGCCUCUCCAUGGAAGCAUCUGUGUAUAUCUGAUAUUAGGACCAUAUACAGAAGUUGAGGAGGGGGAUGGCUCUUCAUAUUCAUGAAGCCUGCAUAUUUCUGUUGCUAAUUCCUAGUUUGGUCACUCCAGCUGCCUUCAACCAUGAAGACUACCCUGCUGACGACGGGGAUCAAAUCUCAAAUAAUGAUAAUAAUCUGAUAUUUGAUGACUAUCGAGGGAAAGGUUGUGUGGAUGACAGUGGUUUUGUAUACAAACUGGGAGAGCGGUUUUUCCCAGGGCAUUCCAACUGUCCAUGUGUCUGUACUGAAGAUGGACCUGUUUGUGACCAACCAGAAUGCCCCAAAAUCCACCCAAAGUGUACUAAAGUAGAACACAAUGGAUGCUGUCCGGAAUGCAAAGAAGUGAGGAACUUUUGUGAAUACCAUGGGAAAAGCUACAAAGUCUUGGAGGAGUUUAAGCCCUCUCCAUGUGAAUGGUGUCGCUGUGAGCCCAGCAAUGAAGUUCACUGUGUUGUAGCAGACUGUGCCGUUCCUGAAUGUGUCAACCCAGUCUAUGAACCAGAACAGUGUUGUCCAGUCUGCAAAAAUGGUCCCAACUGCUUUGCGGGAACCACCAUCAUUCCGGCUGGCAUCGAAGUGAAAGUGGAUGAGUGCAACAUCUGUCACUGCCACAACGGGGACUGGUGGAAGCCUGCUCAGUGUUCCAAGCGUGAAUGCCAAGGCAAGCUGACUGCAUAGGGCAAAAUCCCAAGCAACAAGGAGUGUGUGUCCAAUGUAACAGCUACACUGCACAUGUUAAAUCUGCCAGCUGCAAUAGGGUCACCAGCAAAACCUUUAAGGGUUUAACAAAAGUGAAUAUUUUACUAAUGGGCAGGUUUUCUCCCUAU